AUGUCCCGCGCAGCUAAAGCCAGUCGUUUGCACUUUAAAAAGAAGAAAAUUAAGAAAAUGACUGUUGUAGAAGCAAUUGAAAACGGAAAUUGUGAACAGUUGCAGCAUUGUAUUGUAUCUGGUUUUGAUUUUAAUAAAACUAUUAAGAUAUCCCACUCAGAAGAUCAGUAUUGGCUUGCCUUACCAUUUUGUUUAGCUAUAGAAAGACAUAGUGCCAACAGUAAGGAUAUUAUGGAGCUUAUUCUCAAAACAGGAAUAGAUCUUGAUAAAAGAUCGUCACCAAUACAAAUGUAUGAAGAAGAAGGAGGUCAAAUACAUUAUAAUCAUAAAAAUACAUAUUUACAUAUGGCUAUCAAAGCUAAAAACAUGGAUGCAAUUCUCUUAUUAAUCAAGUAUGGAGCAGACUUGAACGCCACCAAUUUAUUUGAUACAACACCAUUACAAUUUGCAGUGUCAUUUCAAUUUUGGACAGCAGUGGACUUGCUUAUAAGUCAUAAUGCUAUAAAGCAGACGCCAAGCACCUAUGUGAUCCCUGGACUAUUGUGUUGGGGUCAAUUUGAGUUGAUCACAAAACUUGUAGCAGCCGGCUAUAAUAUCAGACUAGAAAUAGCAGAACUGAGGGAAGAUUUGAAAGGUUGUUUCUUUUCUCAAGAAGAACUCUUAUUUAUUAAUAAUAUAUUGGACCGUGCCAAAUCUCCUGAUAGUCUUUUACAGUGCUGUAGAAAAUCUAUUCGACAAUGUUUAGGUUCCAAUUGUAAUACCAAAGCUAUAGAUACUCUGGAAUUACCCACAGAUCUUGCAGAUUUCUUGUCUUUGAAAUUGUUGUGGUUGAGAUUUUCUAUCUUAUGA